GUUUAAUUUGCAACGUCAUAAUUUCACGCCGGAACUAGAGGAAAACACAGCAUGGCAGCGUCGGUGCUUCGUGUAGUCAACUGAAUGAAUACAUGUUAAAGUUUAUAACCUUGAAAGGAAUGAACUUAAAGAACCCUUGGACUUAGGGUGUUAAUUUCUCCGCAACCAUAUUCAAAUCAGAGAGGACAGUGAUCGGAAGAGGUGCUACAGUUGUGAAGUUUACUUGCACACGUGUUCUACCAUGGUCAAAGACAAGAAGAAAUCCGUAAAAUUCGACUUGCCUAGCAAAACCACCACUAGUAGGACGAUGGACGAAGAAUUGGAAAGCGACGAAGAUUUCCUCCCAGACAACGAGAAUAUCAUCAGUGCAAGUGAGGAUGAGGAUGCCAGCGGUGACGAGCGCAAACAUACCAAACUCCUGGAGGCCAUCAGUUCCCUGGGUGGCAAGAGGAGGAAGAAGUUGGCGGAGAGGUCAGAGGCCAGCCUGCAGGUGUCCGAGUUUGCCGUGAACGCCGAAGGCGCUGGGGAGAAGGUGGUUCUCUCCGAUCUGCUCAGUUCUGCUACAGAAGCAUCUAGAACUGAUGGAAGCCUGACAAAAACUCAGAAACAGCUGAAGAACCUGGAGAAACGUCAUGCUACUCUAGAACUCCCCCUGAGCCACCAGCAGACAGAAAAGAUCCAACGUGAGGCGGCCUUUCAGAAGGCCUCGAAGGAGGUGUCGCGCUGGGAGAGUACCAUCAUCCUCCAGCAGAGGGCAGAGCAGCUUGUCUUCCCCCUCAACCAGCAGCCCAAUAGGCCCAGACGCAUGGAGCAGGUUGUCACCAGCUGGAAGACUCAGACUCCGCUGGAGCAGGAGGUGUUUGCUGUGCUUCACGCCCACCGGCAGCCAACCCUUGACCCCGUGUUGACCCCCGUGGAAGAGGCGCAGCUGCAGGCCAUGAGUUUGGAAGAGGCCCAGCUACGACGUGCGGAGCUGCAGAAGGCUCGAGCGCUGCAAUCCUACUACGAGUCCAAAGCCAAGAGAGAGCGCAAGAUCAAGAGCAAGAAAUACCAUAAGGUGCAGCAGAAGGCGAAGAGGAAAGCCUUCCUGAAGCAGUUUGAGGAGAUGUGCAAGAGUGACCCCGAGAGGGCCAUGGAGGAACUGCAGAAAAUGGAGAAAAACAGGAUCGAGGAGAGGAUGUCUCUGAAGCAUCAGAACAGUGGGAAAUGGGCCAAGUCCAAAGCAAUCAUGGCCAAAUAUGACCUUGGGGCUCGUCAGGACAUGCAAGAACAGCUCGAACUCAACCGCCAACUCACCCACAAGCCCCUCCCCUCCGCUGAACUCCACGGUGACAGUGACCACGACGAUGACAACAACGACCCCACUCUGACCAAUGAUGACCAGACACUGCCCGACAUCGCUAACGAUGCAUCGGCCAAUCAGAAGGAGGGGGCAAACCCCUGGAUGAAGAUGACUGCUGUCAUGCCAACAGCAAUGGAGGCAGAACCAAAGAGCAUCGUGGUCACGACCGACAGUGAGCCUACAGAGGUGGCGGCGUCGGGAGGAGGAGAGGGCGACGCGGAGACUGAGGAGGAAAGGCUGCUGGGAGAGUUCGCCCGUCGCAGGCAGCUCAGGAAGACGAACGAGGAGGAGGAGGUCGACGAAGAAGCCAGACAGAAGGAUGAAGAGUCUUCCCAGGCUGCUGGUGGUCCCAGCAUCUCUUUCACCAUAGCGGAGACCAGCGAGGAGGAGGAGGAGGAGGAAGACCAGAUGGAUGAAGCAGCUGCAUCCGAGCUUAAUGCGCUCUUCGGACGUCUGGCCAAGCAAGGACAACAAGAUGCUGCCCCCUUGGCAACCGUAGGAGUCGCUUCCAUGGAUACACUGCUGGAUGAGGACACAACACGAGUCCGCACGCUGGAGGAGACGGAGCUACUGACAGAGACGCACAGUGACACCGCCCCCAUGGUGGAGUCAGAGGCAGUGGCAGCGAGUGGUCAUGGGAAUAAGCAUGCCCCUAAGGUGAAACGUCGCCAGAAGAUCAUCGACCUAGAACAGGUGCUGACCAAGCAAGCCAAGAGCAUCCGUGUUCCCAUGACGGCACCGGCUGUUGAAGACGCCGAGGAUGAGGCCCUGGACGAACAGACGGACGUGAUCCGCGAGGCGUUCGCCGGAGAUGAUGUCGUGUCGGACUUCCUGAAGGAAAAACGGAAGCAGGAGGAGGCGAGCAAACCUAAAGACGUGGACUUAACACUGCCCGGGUGGGGCCAGUGGGGAGGGCUCGGCGUCCCGGUUAAGAAGCACAAACGCAGGCGCUUCUUGAAGAAAGCUCCGCCUUCCGUGCCCAGGAAAGACCGGAAGCUUCCAGCAGUCAUCAUCUCAGAGAAGCGAGACUCCUCUGUCGCUGCCCACCAGGUCAGCCAGCUUCCGUUCCCCUUUGAGAACCCUGGCCAGUUUGAAAGGAGCAUCCGUUCUCCUCUCGGUUCUACAUGGAACCCGGAGUUGGCGGUACGAAAGCUGACGGCGCCGCGGAUUGUGACAAAGGCGGGCGCCAUCAUCCAGCCACUUUCCAAGGACGACGUCAUGUCCAGCAAGAAGACGCCGGGCAAACGGGGCGCCCCCGACCUCCUCCUGGGCAAUGUGGAGCAGGGCAAGGCGGGCCACAGACCAACGGCCAAGAGGAAGAAGCACAAGAAGUGAACCACUUCCCCGCGGCGGAAACACGCCGGUCACCAGAUGAGGAAGCCAUAGACCUGGCCUGGACUCUAACUGGAGCUCAGAGGUUGACCUUGACUUUGACCUUGCUCUUGCAGAGCCCACUCUUACACCUGACUCCCCCAGACACCGCCCACAAGAGAAUGGUAGCUACGGAAACGCCGGAUUGAGCUCAGCGUCUUCAGAGGAGGGAUUCUUUAGCCCCAGAAACUGUAUAAACUGUUUAAAGGUCAUGUUGGGGUGGCUGUGGUGGGCUGGGUUUGCGGCAACGAGUUUAUUAAACAGAUCAUAAGAUGUUA